AAUUACUUCUACAACAACUCGAUCGUGGUAAUCAACUAAACAAUCAGCGGGACUAUUGUCCAAAGGCAUCGCAAAAGGCUGUACCAGAUGAGAACAAAGAUGACAGCCUGUUAUAUCAGUUGCAAGUGGUUUUUGGGCAUCUACAAGAAAGUUCAAAGAAAUCAUAUGAAGCAACGCCUUUCUGUCGUGCAUAUAAUGACUAUGAUGGACAACCUCUCAAUGUUGCCGUACAGAUGGAUGUUGAUGAAGAUUAUUUGACCGAUUGGAGAACAGUGUGA